AUGGUUCCGACGCAUGUCCAGCCCGGGGCCACAUCCGGACCGCUAGACCGUGGGCCACAUCCGGACCGCAAGACCGUGGGCCACAUCCGGACCGCAAGACCGUGGGCCACAUCCGGACCGCAAGACCGUGGGCCACAUCCGGACCGCAAGACCGUGGGCCACAUCCGGACUGCAAGACCGGCUAAACCGGUCCAGUCCAGGAUCUCCCGUGGGCCCCGCACCUGCCAGAUGUAUCAGGAUGUACUCCAGAAACCGCGGGGGACGACCGCUGCCCUUGUGGCCUCGGCGGACGUCCCAGAAAGUGAAACCUCGGUGAGUCUGGCAGCGAGACAGCUACCGCCAGCACUUCCACAGCGGCGCCGGCGCCUAAUGGAACGGGCCUGA